AUGCGUGUCGCUUCCGCUGCUGUCGUUGCCUCCCUGGCUGCCGGUGCCAUUGCUACCGAGUACAAGACCGUCUAUGUCACCGAGUACACCACCGUUUGCCCUAAGGCCACCUCUCUGGCCACUGGUCCUGGUGCCGGUUCUGGCUCGGGUGCCCAGACUACCCCGGCUGCUGCUCAGCCUACCACCGUCACCAUCUCUGGCACCCCCUACACCUACUCCACUCCUUUUGUCACCUCGACCGUGACCCACUGUGACAAGUGCUCCGCUACCGCCGCCCCUGCCACCUCCACCCCCAACGGUGCCGCUGCUGUCGGUACCGGUGCCUCCCCCAGUCAGGCUCCUGGCUCUGGCUCUGGCUCUGGCGCUUCCCCCAGCGAGGGUGCCUCCGGCUCCGGCUCCGGUGCUUCUCCUAGCGAGGGUGCCAGCUCCGGCUCUGGUUCCGGCGCUUCUCCUAGCGGUGCUGCCGCUGGCUCCGGCUCUGGAUCUUCCCCCAGCGGCGCCGCUGCUGUCGGUACCGGCCCCUCCCCCAGUGAAGCUGCCGGCUCUGGCUCUGGCUCUGGCGCUUCCCCCAGCGAGGGUGCCACUGGCUCCGGCUCUGGUGCUUCCCCUAGCGGUGCCGCCGCUGGCUCUGGCUCCGGCUCCGGCUCCUCCCCCAGCGGUGCUGCCGCUGGUUCCGGAGCUGGUUCCGCCGGUGCUUCCGCUGGUCCCAGCGGAGCCGGUGCCAUUGGAAUCGGCGCCACCACCCCGGUCGUCUCUUACACCCCGGUCCCCACCCCUAGCGGCUUCCACCCCUCCUCUCGCCCUCUGAUCCCCAGCAGCAAGCCCGCUUCCUCCAAGCUUGUUGCUUCCUCCAGCGCCACCCCCGCUGCCUCUAGCGCCGCCCCUGCCAGUUCUUCCUCCAGCUCUUCCGGCUCUAGCUCCGGCUCCUCCGCUACCUCCCCCGAGGGUGUCUCCGCUGCUGGCACUGGCUCUGGCUCCGCCACCACUCCCUCCGCCCCUGUCUUCACUGGCGCCGCUACCCGCGCCGCGGCUGGUGCUGGUGCCGGAUUGGCCUCCGUCUUCGCUCUCGUCGCCUUCCUUCUGUAA